GUGCUUCUUUCCGCACAGUGCGGCCCCUCACCUGGGUCUCUCUGCCUCUGGCCCCGGCCUCCGCUGCUGCUUGCCGAGUCGCCGGCGAUCACUUCACGUCGCCGGCCCCAGCUCGCCUUCGAAUCCUCGCCGUCAGUAGCUCUCCAUCAACUCAAGAUUUGUUUCACCUCGAGUUAAUAGAGGGAGAUAGUUGCAGUUCUUGCGAGGCAUUGGAUUGAAACUCGGGGUGCCCAGGGGGAGAAUGGGACGAAAGAAGGAGAAGAGGGGGAGAAUUGAGGAGAAUCGGUUUGAUGUCGUGAUGGAUGUGGAUCACCAUGAGGUUGACGCAGGUGAUAGAGUUGAGAAUGGCGUUGAUAAGGUCAAUCGAGAUAAGAAGAAGAGUAGGACAAAAGGGGAUGUUCAUGGUGAUGGAAGUGAAUUUGUAGCAGAAAAUGUGAAGGGUUCUGUUGGUGAUGAUAUCGAGCGGGGUGGCAGCGAGAAGAAGAAAAAGAAGAGGAAGCGAGAAGUAGGCCAGGACGAGAAAGAACUUGAGAAAGCGGCAAAGAAGGGACGUAGACAUAGCAAGGGCACUGAAAGCAGCGGAGCUAGGAGUAUCUCAAAGGUCCCCCAGAUUGGAGAAUAUGAAGAUGGGCACAUGCGUCAUGGCGACUUCAAAAACAUGGAAGAAAGACUGCAGAUCCAAACAAAGAAGGAAAAUAAUAAGAAGCACAAGGAGGUUAAGAAGAUGGAUGACAUAGAUGCGGCUUUCUCGGCAACUAAGCAUUUGGCAGACGACAAAUCAGAUGCGGGAGUUCAGGAGCAGAACAAGUCUUUGGGCAAGAACAUCAAGGAAAUGAAAGAUACAGAUCAAGUCAGUAUAAAGAAGAAAAAGAAGAAAAAGGGGAGUAGGGAUACUGAUCCUGUUGGAGAUAACCAAAAGAUGAAGGAAGCAAGUGGAUCUUCUGAUGUGGUGACAGUGAAAAAGGAUAUUCAUGGGAAGGAGAGGAGCAAGAGAAAGAAACAGAAACGGAUUGAGGAACAGGGUUAUGUAGCAAGUGGAAAUACAGAUAAGAAGCACAUGGAAUCUGAACUAGAUGCUCAUUUUACGAAUGACACUAUGGGGGGCGAAGAGAAGAAGCCAAAUAAAGAUAAGAAGCGCAAGAAGGAGAAGGCUGCAAAAGAUGGUAUUGAAGCCAAAGAUCGAAAAAAGAAACCAAAGAGAGUAAGUUUUGCUGAAAAUGUUGAGGUUUUUCCUCCCUUAGAUGGUCCGAGUGAGGAAGAUAAUAGCAAGGAUCAAAACCUUGUGCGGGGUAAGAAAUUCUCAGAAGAAGAAGAUGAGCUAGUCAAACAGGCUGUUUAUAAAUAUAUAGAAGCUCAUGAUUUAGGUGAAGAUGGCUUGAAUAUGGUACUCAACUGUGGAAGACAUCGCGAGGCCAGAAAAUGUUGGAAGGAAAUUGGCGCAUAUUUACCUUGGAGGCCUAAGGAAAGCGUCUAUCAUCGAGCUCAUCUGCUAUUUGAAAGAGGCGAGAAUCAUACUUGGACUCCUGAAGAAUGUGAGCUUGUUCGCAAGUUUCACGAGCAACAUGGCUCAGAUUGGAGGAAGUUGGCUGAUGCUCUUGGUAGACACAGGUUCCAUGUGAAGGAUACCUGGCGAAGAAUAAAAUUUCCAUAUAAGAAAGGACCUUGGUCCCAGGAUGAGUACCAGAGUCUAUUUGAUCUAGUAAACAUGGACCUACGUCUGAAAGUCACCGAGGAGAGAAAGUCAAAGCACGGCAUGCUCCUUGACAAUAUUGCCUGGGGAGCUAUAAGUGACAGUUUGGGCUCUCGUAAUCAUGCUGUUUGUUGUGAGAAGUGGUACAAGCAAUUAACAUCUUCUAUGGUAGCUGAAGGCUGUUGGGCGGAUACAGAUGACUAUCGGUUGCUCAGUGCUCUUGUUGAACUGGAUGCUUGCUCGAUGGAAGAUGUAGACUGGGACAAACUCAUCGAGAAUAAAUCUGGGGACCUAUGUCGAAGGCGGUGGAACCAAAUGGUCAAAUACAUUGGCAAUCACUGGAGCAAGUCAUUUCCUGAGCAGGUGGAAAUUCUCUCAGAACGAUAUUGCCCUGAUAUGCUGGAACCAAGGGAGAUUUACGCUAACAAGCCUAUAGUUACAUGACACCAACUUCCUUUGUGUGAGUAAGGCUUUUUGAGCAUCUUGAAGCCACCUAGAUGUGAUGUGAGCUUGCAUCUUGAAUGUUGUUGCAUUGGUUGGUGAGUCUAUCAUGAGCCCUAUAAAUUUAAUGGCCACUUUCGCACUGAUAUAUUCUGGCUAAAGAAGGUGCUCUCUGAAUGCAAUUUAUGGCUUGUGAAGUUCAUUGUCCAGCACAGGCUGUUACAUUCUUCCCCUUCUAAAUGUAUUUUGCUUUAGGUAUCCUCAUCCUUAUAGUGAGAUGAAGUUUGCUUAGAGGAAUGUAAAUUAUGUGUUAUAUUCGAGUUUUGUUUGUCUCUCAUGUAGGAGAAGCAAGACUAAAUGUGUUUGAUGUAAAUCAAUGGGUUGAGAAUGGAGGGGGAAGCCUUCAUAAAAUGAUGUUCUUCUGCCAUUGUGCAA